AUGAAGGGAACUUUGCUCUUGAAUAGACUGGCCGUCAUACUCAGUGUCGUAGAAUCGGCAUGCACACAAGGGUAUAAUGACCAACGGCAACAAGUUCUUCAAUGGUCAAGCUUCAAAGAAAACCGACCAAAUAUCAUCUUCAUCCUUGUUGACGAUCAAGAUUUACUAUUGGAUUCAGUUCACUAUAUGCCAAAUUUGAAUAAACAUCUAGCACAAGAGGGAACUUUCUACCGAAAUCAUUUCGUCACAACGGCACUUUGUUGUCCAUCACGGGUCAGUCUUUUGACCGGUCGACUAGCUCACAAUACAAAUGUCACGGAUGUGAAUCCUCCCUACGGCGGGUAUCCGAAGUUUGUCGAAAGGGGCUUCAAUGAAAACUAUCUUCCAGUCUGGCUUCAAAAUGCGGGUUACAACACUCUCUAUACCGGAAAGCUAUUCAAUGCACACACAGUCGACAACUACAAUAACCCUUUCCCUAACGGUUUCAACUCGUCUGACUUCUUGUUGGAUCCAUACACUUAUUCAUAUCUAAAUGCGACCUUCCAACAUAACUCUGAUCCACCUGUCAGCUACGAAGGCCAGUAUACCACGGAUAUUCUGAAACAAAAGGCCUUGAAUCUCCUGGAAUCCGCAAUAGAUCAACCAGAGCCGUUUUUUCUUACUAUUGCGCCGGUGGCACCUCAUUCAAACGUACACUCGAAUGGCCCGAUUAUCCCCGGAGUGGAUCUGAAGAUCACUGCACCCAUCUCCGCAGAAAGACAUAGGCAUCUUUUCAAAGAUGUGAAGAUUCCGCGAACGCCAAAUUUCAAUCCCGAUGAGCCCAGUGGCGUAAACUGGAUCGCCCGCCUACCCAAGCAGAACCAAAGUAACGUCGACUAUAAUGACCACUUUUAUCGCUCAAGGCUGCGAGCUCUGCAGCCCGUGGAUGAGUUGAUAUCUGAAGUUGUUGAGAUCUUAGAUGAGAAUCGUAUCUUGGACAAUACCUACAUCAUCUACACGUCCGACAAUGGGUAUCAUAUUGGGCAGCAUCGACUACAAGCAGGCAAGGAGUGCGGAUUCGAAGAAGAUAUCCGGGUCCCUUUUAUUGUCCGGGGUCCUGGAGUACUGCCGAGCUACGAUGAGCUAGCGAUCACUACACAUAUUGAUGUUGCUCCGACGCUUUUUGAUAUCGCCGGCCUGCCUCUACGUUCCGACUUUGAUGGUACUCCUCUACCUUUGAAGCACGAACUCAAUUCGAGCGACCCCGUACGCCAUGAACACGUUACUGUUGAAUACUGGGGCCUGGCUGUUCCUGAAGGGAAAUACAACACACUUGGCCCCGACAACCCGGAGAUAAUCAUGAACAAUACCUAUAAGUCUCUACGCAUUCUUAGCAGCGAAUACGAUCUGUAUUACUCAGUUUGGUGCUCAAAUGAACACCAGCUUUAUGAUCUGAAGACUGAUCCAUACGAGCUUAAUAACCUUUAUGUGACAUCGGACUCUCUAGAGGCUACUGAUCAGAACCGGGAAAUUCUUGGGGUUUCUCUAGCGAAAGUCAUUCCCCGUCUCGAUGCGUUACUUCUUGUCUUGAAAUCCUGCCAGGGACAAACUUGCAUUCGCCCCUGGGACGUGCUGCACCCAGAAGGAAACGUUGAGACAAUUGUGGAUGCGUUGAAUGUGAAGUAUGAUGAGUUCUAUAACGUUCAGUCCAAGGUUUCUUUCAGCCGGUGCGAAUUCGGAUACAUUCUCGAUGCCGAGGGACCACAAACAGCCUUGACCUAUCGAGACGGGAUAGAAUGGCAUCACUGGGUCUAG